CUCCCUUCUCUCUCUCUCUUUCUCUCUCCCCACAGCGCUGGACUAACGGAGCAGCCUCAGGAUAACGGAGUUGAAAAGGGCUGAAAAUAAAAACUGUAGUUUACACAGAAACUCCUCUGCCCUUCCCUUCAUCUGGACGGCAGAUACGUUUAAGAACUUACCAUGGAGGAUCUGGGAAUGCCUGACCCGCCUAACUACCCCCUCAACCCUCGCAUUGUUAUGUUUGAUGCUCUCCUGGCUGAUCUUGAGAGCUCCGCCUCUCCUCUGGCCCGCUGCCCCGUCCUCUUGACCUCCGAACCUUCAGUUAACUCUGAAGCUCCGGCCAACAGCGUUCAGGAAACCCCUCAGCCCCGGCCUCCUCCGCCCGCGUAUACACCCCAGCAGACUGUUUCUGCUGCAAUGAAAUCAAAUGGUUCCCAGAACCCGAACCCUGACAGACUCUACAGUACUGUGUGUAAACCUCGCUCGCCCCGCUCUCCAGAGCCCCCGGCCUUCUCCUCGUCCUCAGUGCUGGGAGGCGGUCUUAGUGAGCUGGAUCAUUUACUGCAAGAGCUCAAUGCCACCCAGUUCAACAUCACAGAUGAAAUCCUGGCCCAGUUUCCCACCACUAAAAAGGACGAGAGGGACAAACCUCCUAAGCCUGUUUCCUCCUCCGGCUCAGCAAAGCCCACGGCCACAUCUGCUACUCUGGAACUGGAUAAACUGAUGGCCUCUCUGUCGGACUUCAGGGUUCAGAGCACACCCACAGCACCUGUCCAUCCAGUGGUCACUCCCGCACAGCAGCCUUCAGCCGCGGCCCCAGCCUCUUCAGGCGGCUCAUUGGACAGCAUGCUGGGUCUCCUUCAAUCAGAUCUGAGCAGACAAGGAGUUCCUACCUCCUCCAAGGGAAACUGCUCCGCCUGUCAGAAACCCGUUGUAGGACAGGUUGUGACGGCGCUGGGCCGCGUCUGGCACCCGGAGCACUUUGUGUGUUCUGAGUGCGAGUGUGAGCUGGGAAACAGAAACUUCUUUGAGAAGGACGGCCGGCCGUACUGCGAGUCUGAUUACUUCAGCCUGUACUCACCACACUGCGCUCAGUGCAACAAACCCAUCCUCAACAAAAUGGUCACUGCGUUGGAUAAGAAUUGGCAUCCUGAGUGCUUCUGCUGUGUAAAGUGCAGCCGGACAUUUGGAGAUGAAGGGUUCCAUGACCGUGAGGGGAAGCAGUACUGCCAGCAGUGCUUUUUGGCCCUGUUUGCCUCCCGCUGUCAGGGCUGUUCUCAGCCCAUCAUGGAGAACUACAUCUCUGCCCUCAACUCUCUGUGGCAUCCACAGUGCUUUGUCUGCAGGGAGUGUUUCAGUCCAUUUGUAAACGGAAGCUUCUUCGAGCACGAGGGCCAGCCGCUGUGUGAGGCACACUAUCACCAGUCUCGCGGCAGUGUGUGCCAGGCAUGCAGGGAGCCCAUUCUGGGCCGCUGCGUCACAGCCAUGGGCGCCAAGUUCCACCCCCACCACCUGGUGUGCAACUUCUGCCUGAAGCCCCUCAGCAAGGGCUGCUUUAAAGAGCAGGAGAACAAACCCUACUGUCACCCCUGCUUCCUAAAACUCUUUGGUUGAGGGGGCCGAGUACACAUACAGGAGUGUGUGUGUUCUUGUGUCUGUGUGUGUGUGUGUGUUAGAAAGAGAAAUGGUAGAGGGUGGAGAAGAAAGGAAGGUGGGAUUCAGGACAUUCAGAUUUGGUGCACCAUUUAGCAUGGUGCUAACCGCAGGGCUAAAGCAAACACAUUGCCCUCAAACAAUAAACCAUAUGGAGGUGUUCAGUAUUAUCUAAUAGACGUGAUUAUGAAGUUUUUGACACAGUAUGGCAGACUGUGUCAUAACACAAAAUACCACAUUUGGUUGUUGUCAGUCAUGUGUGUUUAAUAUAAGUUAUUGUUAAUGUGAGCACUAAAGUACUAUAAACAAACUUUCUUUUUUAAAUCUUUGGAGCAGUGAAAGCAAUACAUUUGAAGAAGCAGAAAUAAAGUCAUGUAAUGCCACUUUCACAACUACCCCCAUGACUAUAUUAGAACCCCCAGAUUAAGAUAUAAAUAGUACAUAGAAAAGCUAAAUUUUAACUUUAAUUUUAACCCUUGUGUGGUGUUCGGGUCUGUGGGACCCGUUUUCAUUUUUCAUCAAAUGAUACAAAAAAAAUAUUUUUUCUUAAUAGAUCUUAUUGCCAUUGGCUCAUUUUUUGUGAAAAACAUUUAUCAAAACAGAUUUUCGAUAAACACACACUGUACACCCCCCCCCACACACACAUUUAUAUUACAUACAGUAUGCUUGGCCAAGAGCUAAUAAACAUUGCUUCAGUUGUAAAUUUUAAACUAAACACAUUUUCUACUCAUAUCUUGAGUUUUAAUUCACUUUCUUUUACAUUUUAUUAAAAAAAUAAUAAAAAAAGAGUAGCACUUUUUGAACGAAAUGUAACAUAAGAAAGAAAGAAAUAUUAACCAUGUAAGCUGUUUAUAUUGCUUGCAAUUUAGAUGAAGCAAGCAUGUGUAAAGCAUUUUAAUGUAAAAUUGCUUAAUUUUGCUGAAUUAAAUAUACAUAACAAAGUAAAUGAGAAACAAAAAUAUGAACACCACAUAAGGGUUAAAAUGACUUGAGCAGAGUCCUGUAAAUAGACACUGAUAAGCAAAAAUAUUAUGCAGGGCUCACAAGCUAGCUCUAUUAAGGCUAUAAAGGGCAAACCAGAGACUGAUGCCCCCAAGCCUCCUGCCCAGUGUGACACAGUUGUCAGAAACCACACAAGUAAGUCUAUUGUAGAUUACUGAACACCAGCAGAUGGGCUGUGUUGAAGGUCUGCAGUUUGAGCAAUGCUAUUUGGUGAGUAUAAGCAUUUAGCAGUUAGCCUCACAGCAAUUUAAAGAAACAAACUACUCCAACCAACUGUUUGUGCCUAUAUGAGCAGAGGGUAAAGUUGUGAAUUGCGUUAACAGACUGGAUCCUGUAGAAUGGAGCCAGUGCUCAUGAUUUCCUGCUUCAGUUUACUUUUUUUCUUGACACAUAUGCAAAACAACAGCAUUUUUAUAUCUGCAGUGUUACAGAGUACCCUACUAAAUGAACCAGCUCAACACCAGCUUUUGCAGGUAGCUGGUUUCUGAUGGCCUAAACUGGUCUUUGUUGGUCAAAGUGGUUAAAACGCUGCUCAUCCAGGCAAAAACAUCACAUGCUGGUGAAAUAGUUUGUUAACCAGCUCUUGACUGGUACACUACUUGUUGCAGUGGAUUUCAGUCAUACCAGUCAAGCUAGACUAUCAAAGUCAAACCAAAUUUAAGCUUGACGAACUGUUUAGCCAACUUAACCCAGUAAGUUAAGUGGUUUUAUUCAGUAGUGAAAACAACUAUUUUUUUAAGUAUGUUCUUCAGAAAAACCUCACCACCUUAGAUCACCCUAGAUCACCUAAGACCAUCAAAAAAAAACACCUGACUGGCUCAAACAAAAGAACAAAGAAACAGAAAAUACCCAGCUAACAAUUUCGGGUUAGUAGAAUGUUUUCUGAAUGUUACAGUUAAUGAUUGUUAGCGAACAUUUCUAACAAUCUCUGGACCACUGUUACCUUGUCAGAGCAUGUGGUACCAUAUAGCGCAUCACAGUUUUAAAACAAAAAAAGAGCUGCAGAUGAUAAUGUUUAAAUUUUAGUACAGAUGUUUCUUUUUGUAGCUUUUCUACAGUUUUUAGAAAUAAGAUAUUAAGAUUUCUGGCAUUUACUGAGUGGAGGUGGUGAGAGUAUGUAUGAGAGUAUUGUUCCAUUUUAACAUCUUCCAUUUUAAACAGAAGAAGCUUAACCUUCUUUCUGAUUUAUUGCCAAAGUAUUGCUUUUAAAUUGAUUUAAUGAUAAACAAAGGCCUGCAUUCAGCCAGGCGAGUUCAGAUGUUUGACUGAUGUUACAUUACUGCUGUUGCUAAUAAAGUCAAGGAGAGACCUACAUAAGCCAUACUAAAAGCCAAAGACAGUAUUUUUUGAAAUCCUUAAAACUUGACAUUUAAAAAAGCUAGCAUCCAUUGCCAUAUCAGUAACUGUUUACCAAACAUUUGUACAAAUUACAUUAAAGAAAAAGUAUAAAAUCACUUUAACUGCCCCAAAUCACAGACAUAUCAAAAUCUUUUAUAUGUAUGCUUAGAUUGUAAGUUUUAUACAGAGGACUGAGGUAAGAAAUUGUGCUAUUUAUUAUAUUUGCUCUAUGCAGUAUAUCAUUGUCACUGCUGUUGCAUACUUUAUAUACAUUUCUUUUUCAGUUCUGUGAAUUUUGUCUAUUUUUUACAAGAUCUAAAAAGAUUUUACGCUUUAUGCUAUGCAAUCCACAAACAUAAGCUGUAUUUGUAUGUUGUAUUGUUACUGCAGCGUUACAGAAGGAGACAAUAAACAUUUUGCUUCAUA